CCGGCCGACCACGAGCCAACCCUCGCUACCUGCCCGAGAUCUCCCAGCCACCCCGGAGGAGACUCCCGGUCGCCCGCCCGAGACUCCUGGCUGCACCCCCACGGAACCCCAUCGGCGAUGCCUGAGCUGGGGACGUAGAAGGGAAGAUCGGCGAUCGAAAGCCCUUCGCAGGAUCGAAGGAAGCCAUUCUUCCUUCGGUCGUAAUCUCCACCCCGACCAGGACCUCCACCUUCGCCGCAGAAAACGCCUCGACCACGACCUCGGCCAAUCUCCACAUCGACUUGGAAACCGAGAGGACAUCAUGUCAAGGAGUCGAGGUGUCAGGCUCGCCUCGAAGGUAGAAACGGCGCUGGUCCUGAGCUCGGUGCUCGUCCUGUGCUGCGAGCUGGGGAGGUGCACCCCCUCUCAUAGAGGUAGACACCACGCCGAGUUACCCCACGAGGAGGCGAAGGACUCGAAAAAUUUGCACAGUCCAUACGAGGACCUUCCCAGGCCCGAGCCCUUGGGCGCGAGUCCUGGGGAGGACCCCCUGGUGGUGCAGACGAGGAAGGGUAAGGUCAUGGGGAUGACUCUGACGGCCACCACGGGGAAGGAGGUCGACGCGUGGUUCAGCAUCCCCUACGCCCAGAAGCCCCUGGGUUCCCUCAGGUUCCGACAUCCACGACCGGCAGAGCACUGGACCGGAAUCCUGAACGCGACGACCUUGCCCAACAGUUGCGUGCAAAUCCUGGACACGGUCUUCGGGGACUUCUCCGGGGCCACCAUGUGGAACCCGAACACCCCCUUGAACGAGGACUGCCUCUACGUGAACGUCGUCGCCCCGAAACCCAGGCCGACCAACGCCGCUGUCAUGGUAUGGAUAUUCGGUGGUGGGUUCUACUCGGGAUCCGCCACCUUGGACGUCUACGAUCACAGAACCCUCGUCUCGGAGGAGAACGUGAUCCUGGUCUCGAUGCAAUACCGCGUGGCUAGUCUCGGUUUCCUGUAUUUCGGGACCCCGGACGUCCCGGGGAACGCCGGCCUCUUCGACCAGAUGAUGGCUCUUCAGUGGGUCAGAGACAACAUCGCCGCCUUCGGGGGGAACCCUGACAACGUCACCCUCUUCGGGGAGAGUGCCGGGGCGGUCUCGGUCUCCCUCCACCUGCUGUCACCCUUGUCCAGGCACCUCUUCCACCAAGCGAUCAUGCAGUCCGGCUCGCCAACGGCACCCUGGGCGAUCAUCUCCCGAGAGGAGUCGAUCAUGAGGGGCAUCCGGCUGGCCGAGGCCGUGAACUGUCCCCACGACAUCAACAACCUGCGGGAGAUGAUCGACUGUCUCCUAGUAAAGAAUCCGGUGGACCUGGUGAACGGGGAGUGGGGCACGCUGGGGAUCUGCGAGUUCCCCUUCGUGCCCGUCAUAGACGGCGCCUUCCUGGACGAGACGCCGCAGAGAUCCUUGGCCACCGCCUCCUUCAAGAAGGCCAACAUCCUGAUGGGCUCCAACACCGAGGAGGGCUUUUACUUCAUCAUCUACUACCUCACCGAGCUCUUCCGCAUAGACGGCACCGAGGACGUCAAGGUCUCCAGGGAAGACUUCCUGACCGCCGUCACCGAGCUCAACCCUUACGUCAACCAGAUCGCCAGACACGCCAUCAUCUACGAGUACACCGACUGGCUCAGACCGGACGACCCCCACGUCAACAGGGACGCCCUCGACAAGAUCGUCGGCGACUAUCAGUUCACCUGCAACGUCAAUGAGUUCGCCGACCGAUACGCCGAUACCGGGAACACGGUCUACAUGUACUACUAUAAGCACAGGUCGGCGAAUAACCCCUGGCCCAGGUGGACGGGAGUCAUGCACGCCGAUGAGAUCAGCUACAUCUUCGGGGAGCCCUUGGACGCCUCGAAGAGGUACACGCACGAGGAGGUCCACCUGUCCAAGAGGAUGAUGCGGUACUGGGCGAACUUCGCCAAGACGGGGAACCCGAACAUGGGGGAUGACGGCUCCUGGACGAAGACCUUCUGGCCGGAGCACUCGGCGUCCAAGAAGGAGUACCUGACCCUGGACACGAACACGACGGAGAUCGGUCAUGGUCCUCGAGUGAGGCAGUGCGCCUUCUGGAAGAAGUACCUACCUCAGCUGCUGAGUGCGACGACGAAACUGGAGAUGGCGCAGAAGGACUCUUGCAGCGGAGCGGGCAGGCGCUCCUCAGGGGUGGAGGAGCUGUUGGUAGGCCUGAGUCUGGGUCUGGCGUGGUGGCUGGUGGGGACGAGCCUUCCCGCCGAGUUCGAGGCCAGAGGUCCGGUCUAGUUUCGCCGGCGUCUCCUCUUGCCUCGACGGACCCGGCCGGCCUGACGCGCAGGACACCGGGGGAGGUCGGCCGACCAACCGGA